AUGGACCGGUCAGUGUUGGAUCGUCCCGCGAUAGAUCGUCGGAUGAUGCUGCUCAGCCGCAGCCGGCGGGAGCACGACGGAGAUUCCGAUUCUGAGGAAGCGUAUUCAGUUGGAAGAGAUGACGUGGAUCGUUCUGAUUCGCUCAGCCGGGCCUUCGCUCAGCAAGCGACCGUGGGGGACUACCGGGGAAGAGGAGGGGACUCGCGGCAAGUGCGGGAAGAAGAGGAGGAGGAGGAGGACGAGGAGGAGUACACUGUGGAAGUGUGGGACGCGCUUGACUCGCUAGAGCAGGUAAGGGGGUGGGUGAAGGGAGGAGCAUGGCCAUGCGAGGAGCAGGGGGGCGAGGUUGUGCGUGGAGAUGUGGGAGUGGAACACCUCAGUGUGUCUCAAGCACCCCCGCUCAAGCCGCAGAUGUGUGUGCUUGCUCACCCCGGCUCGUUGCCUCACCCUCGUCCUCUCUUCCGCCUGCGCACUCUUAUCACUGUCCGCCAUUCUCUUCUCCCCCUCCCCACCCCCUCCCGUGCUUCCCCACGGUCCUCGUCCCCACGGUGUCCCCAUGCGCGCGUGCGGCAGUUAAAGCCCAUCAUCGCGUCGGGCCCGCGGUGGAAGCUCGAGGAGUUUCUACGAGCCAUCGACAUCCUCCAGGAGAUGGCGGAGUUCUUUGAGCGCAACGAGUGCGCGUCGUGCGUGCGCGAGUGCGAGAAGUACAUGGCGGUCGCCAUGGACCACCUCGUCGACGAGUUCCGCGACGCGCUCGUCAAAAUCAGCAAGCCGUUGCCAGCAGCCAUGCUGCGCGAGGUGGCCAUGUCAGCGCACGCGGGCCGCCUCGUGGACCAGCACCAGGGCGGCGCCGCUGCUGCCGCCGCCGCCGUGCUGGCGGGCGCGGCGGGCCCGGGCGUGCCGCGCACGUCCACGGGGUCGUCGUCUGCGUCGUCCCACCUGCCCACCUCUCGCUCGCGCACCGCCAACACCACCUCCUCGCCCGACUCGUCGGGGUCGUCGUCCCCCGUGGGGGGGGGGUCCGCCAUGGCGCACGCGGUGUCAGCAGCGACACACCUGGCGCUGCAGGACUGGCUGUCAGCCAGCGCCGUGCCCUUCCUGCACCGCAUGGCCGUCAAGCUCGCGCAGGGGGGCGAGUCGCAGCGCUGCAUGCAGCAAUACGUCAAGGUGCGGGCGGAGGCCAUUCAGCGGAGUGUAGACGCGCUGGACAUCAAGAGAGUGCUGACGACAUCACUGGAGGAGAUGACGUGGCAGCAGCUGGAGGCGCUGAUGAAGGGAUGGGUCACGGACAUGCGAGCCAUGGUGUUGGUGCUGCUGGGCAGUGAGCGCGUGCUGUGUGACGAGAUAUUCGACUCACUCGAACCCGACAGAGAGCUCUGCUACCUCUCGCUCAUUCAGGCGAGUGGGUUGGCGGCGACGGUGGAGGCGGUGGUGAGCAACGGGCGGGUGGUGGCGUCGGGGCGCAACACACCGGAGCGCCUCUUUGCGCUGCUCGACAUGUUCACCACCGGCCGCGAGCUGCGCGCCCAGAUAGAGGCGGUGGUGUCGGUGCCGGGGUUUGGCAGUGUGCUGCGCGAGAUGGAGCGGCUGCCGCGUGACCUGGCGGGGGCGGUGAUGGACACCAUCGGCGAGUUCAAACGCGUUCUUGAGGAGCCGCCCGCCCACCACCAGGCGCACAGCCAGGACAAGAAGAAAGGCAUGCUGAAGCCGUUCCUGCGCAGUGCGAGUGCGAGCAGUGGGGCGGACACGGGGCCCGUGGAGGAGAUGGAGGUCGCCACGGCCGCCACGCACCCGCUCACCUCCUACGUCGUCAACUACAUGAACAACCUCCUCGAUAAGCAGAGCAAGCGCAACUACCCGGUGACGUUGGAGUAUCUGUUGCUGGAGUACGGCCGCAGCAUCACGUCCACCGGCACCGACGCCACAGCAGCGGCGCUCAUAACGCGCAGCGGGCCGCAGUACAAGACGCCCUUCAGCGGCGCCGCGGUGGAGCGGCGGUCGGGCGCGGUGGGGCCGGCAGCGCUGGGGCAGCGUGCAGCGACGCUGGCGGGCGUGGUGUCGUCGGUGCUGGAGUCGCUGCUGCGCUGCCUGGAGAGCCGCGCCAAGGCCGCCUCCGACCCCACCCAGGGCGCCCUCUUCCUGCUCAACAACGCCCUCUACAUCUCCAAAAACCUGUCGGACGGCAAGCUGUCAGCGGUGGCGGACCUACCGGACUGGAAGGACGGGCAGAUGCUGGACAAGUACAUGAUCCACUUCAGGGACGCCGUGCUCGCCCGGAUAUCGCACGCUCUGGAGGAGACAGCAGUCACGGGGGGGCUGCUCAAGUCUGUCAAUGAGCACACGGAGGUCAAGGCCAAGUUGAAGAAGUUCAACGCGGCGUUUGAGGAGCUGGCGAUAAAGCAGGCGGGGUGGAACAUCCCCGAUGAGGACCGCCGCAAGAAGACUCGCAGCAGCGUUGCCCGCCGCCUGCGAGAAAUCUACUCCGCCUUCCUGCUGCCCUACCGGUGCCCUGCCUUGCCCAUUCUCUUCUGCUGCCCACAGGUGCUGCAGUCCCUAGGCCUUCCUGCUGCCCUACAGGUGCCCUGCCUUGCCCAUUCUCUCCUGCUGCCCACAGGCCUUCCUGCUGCCCUACAGGUGCCCUGCCUUGCCCAUUCUCUUCUGCUGCCCACAGGUGCUGCAGUCCCUAGGCCUUCCUGCUGCCCUACAGGCCUUCCUGCUGCCCUACAGGUGCCCUGCCUUGCCCAUUCUCUUCUGCUGCCCACAGGUGCUGCAGUCCCUAGGCCUUCCUGCUGCCCUACAGGUGCCCUGCCUUGCCCAUUCUCUUCUGCUGCCCACAGGGAGGAGCUGUGUGAGUUCAAGACGUACCGCUAUUCACCGGACGCCAUAGAGCGCGUCGUGCUCGACUACUUCUUCCUCGCCACUCCCUCCAGAGGCCUCCCCAUCUCCUUCGGAUAG